AUGGGUAGCAGGUUGCAAGGGAAGGUCAAGUCGUUCAAUGAAGACAAGGGUUUCGGGUUCAUAACCCCCGAAGAUGGUGGCAAAGAUGUGUUCGUCCUUUUUUCCUCUAUCCGAACCGAGGGAUUCCGUACCCUACGUAAAGGUGAGGAGGUAGAGUAUGAGAUCGGGACUGAAUCUAACGACAGCACCGUAGUCGAUUAUGUCACUGGACCGAACGGUGGUUCUCUCCAGGGAAGUACUCGCGGAACCGGCGAUGACGGCCCUAGUGGAGGCGACGAUAGCUACGGAGGUGGUGAUAACAGCGGUAGUGCUCGUUGA